CGUGCUAUGUGCUUUCUCACUGCCAACCGAGCUCAAAGCGUGACUGAGGAAACAGCAAUACAAAGCAACCAGCAUGAGAACGUCGGAUCACACACUCUUCGUGAUCACCAUGCUCUUCUCGCUGCUCUGUGCCAUCCAGGUAGAGGCAGCUCCAGUAGCAGGUACCUGGGCUUCGAGCCUGAUCCACCGUGCUAAGCGUUCAUUAUUGUGGCGCUGGAACACUCUGAAACCUGUCGGCGCCAGCUGCAGAGACAAUUACGAGUGUGGCACCAACUACUGCAGAAGAAACAUCUGCGCUUUCCAGCCAAACUCUUCUUCAUCAUGAGGACGCCUUACACUCCUUCUCCAAAUUACUGGAAAAAAAUUCUUCCCCAUGAACAUGAACAACAUCAGCUCUUAUGGAAUCAGAAAGCUCAAUACAAUCAAGACACAGUAUCAACAGCAAAACAUUUCAUCUUGCUACCAUUUAAAUGACCAUAAUUGCUAACUACAAGAUAUCACUUGUGACUUACUUCGUACAGAAUCCGAACAGUCAAAACAUGUCUGAUCUGAUCAAAUACAAAUGUAACCAAUGCCAAAAGAACUCCAAGCCCAUUCACUUUAUUGACAGAAUUAUUUAUUUGUAAAUAGUGGACACAUUAGAAAAGACUGUAGAAUUUACAGAAUUGUAAAUACUGUUUGUUCAUGUAUUUUUAAUGUUUUUUUUUUUAAAUAUUGUUACAGUGAUAGUGCAAUAUUUGUGUUUUUUUAAGAAAGAAGACAAUUCAGAUGCUUAAGUUUACAUGAUGCAAUAAAUGGACAAAAAAAACAACAUCUUGCAAAGAAAUACAUGCG